UAUCCUGCUCCUGUAAAGAUCUACUGGACCAAGAACGGAGAGAACGUGACUGAAGGAACCAGCAUCAACGUUCCCUUCCCCAACACAGACGGUUCCUUCAGCCAGAUCUCCAGACUGGAGUUCAUCCCACAGCAGGGAGAAAUUUACAGCUGCAAAGUCCAACAUCUGGCCCUGGAGCGUCCUCUGAUCCGGAUCUGGAAUGUGGAGACGACCCCCCCCAGUGUUGGACCUGCAGUGUUUUGUGGACUGGGUCUGACUGUGGGUUUGCUCGGUGUGGCUGCUGGAACCUUCUUCCUCAUCAAAGGAAACGAGUGCAGCUGAUUGGCUGGAUGAAGUCAUAACUCCUUCUAUCAGCUUCUCUUUGUGUUUUGCUACAAAUAAAAUAUCUUGUGUAAAAAUUUAAAAUUGUUAAAACUUUUUUCUGUACGUCAUGAAACUUACGAGAUACGUUCAAAUGUUUUCAAGUUUUCCUUCUUUAUUCAGUAACAAUCAAACUAAACGGUCUCUAGGUAGAUGUGUCCUUAUGUCGUUAAUUGAAUCCAGUAAUGUUCCAUAUCUGUGCUUCCAUGUUGAAAACCUUAAAUAUUCCCUCUCACUUGACAAAAUACAAAUUACGAGUGUCUGUUUUUGUAAAUUAAAUGUAUGUACUAAAUGUACACUGAAGUCGUUUCCUUCCUCUAGAAUAAAUCACUUGCUUGUAAA